GGUCAUGUGGCUUUCAGCAGCCAAUCACGUUACAGGAAAGGGAGGCACAGGAUUCCGGCCUAAUCAACGACAACACAGCUCCAGUCUGAAAGACGAAGAGAAGAAACUGGAUGAUAUAACGGGUUUCCUCUCCGUCAUACCGCCGUUAUCUACCAUGCUCUAACAAAUCCCUACUCAACAUCCCAAGAGUUGGCAGUCGUACUGACAUGGCAUCUGUUUACUGAGCUGGCCCGUCCUCAGCCACUGCGAGCAUCAAGCACCGGUUGUACGAUUUACCAAGUGAAUGAGCCUGACCCAACAUCGCCAUGGAAACAGAAACAGACGUUAUUCCUAUCUGGCAGAAUAAGCCUCAUGGAUCCACCCGUAGUGUUGUGAGAAGAAUAGGUUCAACUCUUCCUCUCAGACCUCCACAGAGGGCAUGUUUUCAGGAAUUACCAGGCCUGCCCUCUCUUCGGCCUAUGGAUGGCCCUAUGGUUCCUACCUUGGCAGACAUAGCCUGGAUCGUUGCAGAUGAAGAAGAGACGUACGCCAGAGUGCGGAGUGACAGUCGUCCCCUGAAACAUGAGUGGCGGCCCACGCCUCUCCUGGUGCUCCACAGGAACUCAUCCGUGCCCAACUUCCGCCGUGAGGGGAAAAGAAUGGAGGGGCUCAAGAAGCCUGGGGUCACGGCGAUGAACCGUACCACCGCCCUGCAGGACGAGCUCAGCAGACUGCGGGCACAGAUUGCCAAGAUAGUGGCAACUGAUUCUGGCUCCAACCCCCUGACCCCUGACCUUCUCUCCCCAGACGACACAAGUAUGAGCUUCUCCAUGGCGCCUUUUGAGACGGUGCCCUACCAGCCGGCUGCCACAGCUGCUGCCUCCUUUGUCAUAAGUGAUGUCACAGAGGAGGAGGAAGAGGAGGAGGAGGAGGAGGAAGAUGAGAAAGAUGUGGUUUCUGUGGUGUCGGAACUUGUUCCCGACCCUCUGCCGCCUGUUUCCAUGACAGCAUCAGCGACCUUUGACCUGGACAGACCGAGCAUGGACUUCCGAGAGGCAGAGGAGGACACAGUGUCGUUAUCAAAGUCCACUAGUUUCGCUGAUGUGAUGGACAUUCUGAAGGAUAUGAACCGCAUGAAGAUGAGCAAAGACAGGUACAACUACAACAGAGGCUGUACGUCCCUCAGAGAAGAGGAUUCAGCCAGUCUGAUUUCAGAAGCUCUGAGGAAAAAGUUUGUCCUGAAGGAAGAAGACACUGCCGCCAUGAAACGGAAGUGAUCAAAUAUUAACAUCAGUACCGAUCCUGCUGCUCCAUGCCUUUGCCUGUGGAAUAUGUACCCAUGGAUCCACAACCUUGCUCCUCAGACCCGAGGCAAAAGCUGUCUGCCAGAGAUAGAACAAAAACACACUUUGCCCCAGACAUUCAGAACCAAAUGUGAACUUCACAGCGCUGGUGCAAUGUGAGGGGGGAAACAGCCAAGUCUCGAUGAAAAUCUUCAGUUUCAGCAUUGAUUGCAUAAAACAUCCAGUCUAUUUCUCUCUGCAAAAAGGCUUUUAUUUUUAACUUCAUCUUGAUUAAACACUCAACAGACUUUUUCCCAGACACUUGCACUGUGUACAGGCUGUUUUGAUUUGAGACGCUUUUGUUUGAUUAUGUCAUAUCACAUUUCGGAGCUCCUUGCUCACAUACUACAAGUUAAAGCAGUUUUUUGGACUUCAUUUGCAGAAUGUCCCUUUAAGUAACUCUGAUUUAAUGCAAAUAAAACUCUUCAGAUAUGUAUAGAAGAAAUCUAACAUACUUGAAAACAUUUUGUGUACAGAUGAGAACGAUUACUUUUACAUGCAGAGAUGUACUGUAGAUCAUCAGUCAUAGUGUGUGUGCGUGUGUGUGUGUGUGCGUGUGUGAUCUUUAUGCUACAUCCUCAGAUCUAUACACUAUUUGUUGCUUGCGCCACUGCACCUCUUAUGCCUGUCCUCUUGUUUGUGAAUGACAUAUAUAUCAAUACUGAGUGAACCACAUGACACUGAUUUUGAAACACAAAUACUCCAAGGAUAUUCUUCUUCUUUUUUCUAUUUUUUUUUAAGGUGCAAAAUUAACAUCUCUCACUUGUUGCAUCCUAACACAAAGACGCAUGUACAGGUCUUUUACAAACAAUACUCUGAGUGUGCUGAUUGGUGGAUGAAACAGCCUUGCAUGGUGUUUCUAAAUGCUGUCGGUGAUUUCAGUAUGGGCAAAGAAAACUUAGCAAUGUGUACGAGUGUUUCUAAGUCAUUCUGCAUGCAGUUUUGACAAGUCAUGGGUAAAUUGCUUGUGUGAGUCAUGAUAAUAACAAUGAAUAUUAUAAAUGAUGCCUUACCACAGAACUCAUGCCUGUUCCUAAUGCCUGUGUUUUUUUUAAAGAUUAGUUCGAAGACCACAUCUUUGUUUUUUGUUUUUGUUCCUCACACAAAGCCUCAUUGGCUGCCUCUCCCCUAGUAUGCCCUCCUUCCUCCUCAUCAUUACUCAUCUCACAAACACACAGUGAAUGACAUCAAGAACCAGUCUGUGUUUGAUUUCCCUAAAAAUAGCCCUCCUCAGAGACGACUGUUGCUGUUGUGUCGCUUUUACCUCCACACAUCACACCUACUCUUGUUUUUCAUCUCGUCAUGUUUCAUGCCAACGUGAUUGGGAAUCCCUUUAGAACAGUUUUGCAGAGUGAAAAGUUGCCGCUUCGUUAUCGGUUUUGGAUUGAACAAAAAAAAAGAUGUGCCCUUUUGUGUCUUUGUAUGCAGUGAAGUAUAAGUAUGUUUGUGCUAGAUCUUCUUGAUGGUCAUUUCUCUCAUUGGUCAAAGGGUUGAAGUGGAAAAAGAAACAACUGUCUGAGAAAGACAUGUACGAGUUUCAGUAUAUUCCUUGUAUGUUUGUAUUUGAGAUGUUGAACCUUACACAGCAGUCUCCAUCUGCAACAGUAGUCCUGAUAAUGAACUUAAAGGGAGAAUUUGGUGUAGUUUCCACAACAUUUGUUUUUAAUUUCUUUUUCCUUUAUUCCAAAGUAAAAGGUUUUCACCAUUUUAUCCAUGUGAAUGUUUGAGCCAAUCACCACCAUUAGUAGUUGUUUUUUUUUAUUUCUUGUCAUUUAAGGACUUGUAAAUAAAGAUUUGCUGAUGUUUUGAAA